AUGGGGCUUGUGGACCUAAAAGAGCAGCUUCCAUUGAGGGAAAGAUCCUGUCUCAGGAAGGAACAGAGAACACAGUGCCGGGCUCCUUCACUAGCGGGCUGGCGGGUGUUCAGUGCUCUCUGGGAGGAGCGGGUGUUGGCCUCAGAAGCAGGACCUUCCCUCUGCACCGUGCCUCUGCUAACCCAACAGACCGAAGAUGACAGUGAUGAGUACAGCUUAGUGGCCAGCCUUGACAACGUCAGCAAUCUCUCCACUGUCUUGAAAGCUAUCCAUUUCAGAGAACAUGCCACGUGUUUUGCAACUAAAAAUGGACUCAAGGUGACAGUGGAAAAUGCAAAAUAUGUGCAAGCAAAUGCUUUUAUUCAGGCUGAAGUGUUUCAAGAACUUAUGGUUCAGGAAGAGUCUGUUACUUUUCGAAUUAAUUUAACUAUCCUUUUAGACUGUUUAUCUAUUUUCGGAUCAAGUCCUAUGCCAGGGACGUUGACUGCACUUCGGAUGUGUUACCAAGGUUAUGGUCACCCUCUGAUGUUGUUUCUCGAGGAAGGAGGAGUGCUGACUGUUUGCAAAACUAACUCUCAAGAGCCUGAGGAGACCCUGGAUUUUGAUUUCUGCAGCACCAAUGUUACCAAUAAAAUUAUCCUGCAGUCAGAGGGACUCCGGGAAGCAUUUUCUGAGUUGGACAUGACAAGUGAAGUCCUACAUAUUACCAUGUCUCCUAAUAAACCCUAUUUCAGGUUAUCUACUUUUGGAAAUGCAGGGAGCUCCCACCUUGACUACCCCAAAGAUUCUGAUUUGGUGGAAGCAUUUCAUUGUAAUGAGACCCAAGUCAAUAGAUACAAGAUUUCAUUACUGAAACCCUCCAUGAAGGCAUUAGUCUUAUCUUGUAAGGUAUCUAUUCGGACUGAUAAUCGAGGCUUCCUCUCCCUACAAUAUAUGAUCAGAAAUGAAGAUGGACAAAUAUGCUUUGUGGAAUAUUGCUGCUGCCCUGAUGAAGACGUUCCUGACUCCUAGUCUUGAGUGAGAGACUUCACUGUGGCCAUUUGUGUGCAGUUUAUACUGGUUCGAGUACUCAUUCUGAUCGCAGCACUCUUCACGAUUUCUUGUUGGAUUGUCUAUGGAGCCUGAAGAAGAAAGGAACAAGGUCCCCACAGGCUAGUAGCAGCUGU